GAAAGAGCGGAAGUUCGAGCGAGUCGUCGAGGAGAUGGGUGACGAAGAAGGAGAAAAGAAUCAGCUGGACGCGUGGUGCCGGAAACUUCCGCAGGCUCCGUUGGACCGUUUCCCAUCAUGUCACGGUUAUCUACGGAUCUACCGUCUUUUCAGCUUCGCCGUAGGGGCAGCUACUACUAAGUACUAGUUGCAAUUGAUUAGACCGGUCACCAGUCUAUCAAUUGAUGACCAUCGGGGUUCUGUCCGAGUGAGUCAGAAAUGUGUUCGCCGUGAUCCUAUAACUAUCGUUGUUUUAUACAUUAGUGCGGCUGAAACGCUGAUAGCCAGUGAUAGUCCUACAACCAACCUACAGUGCCCCUUUCUGUGUCCCUCAUGGCGUCCACCGAACUCGCUACGGAGCGUGCUCUGUAUGUUGGGAAUAUGAUUUCCACAGCUAUUUAUGGAGGAAAUUUAUUCCUAUAUGCCUACUCUACCUACCUGCUUAUGACCUCGAGCAAGCAAGUGCAGCACAGAAUAUUCUACAUAUGUUUUGGAGGCUUUCUUUUGCUUCUUUUAACAAUCAGUGUCGCAGGUAAUAUCGCCUUCUGCGAACUGAUGUGGAUAGAAAGGCGCAACAACCCUGGUGGCCCCCCUGCAUUUUUUGCUGCAAAUAUGUCCGCUUGGUACAAUGCCUUUGCCACAGCAGCAAUGUGUCUCGCAAAUAUGAUGACAGAUGGACUCUUGCUUUAUCGCUGUUACAUUAUUUGGGGGUCAAGAUUACCAGUAAUUGUCAUCCCUGGAAUUAUCUACCUGGGAUCUGCCACUAUGGCUGUCAUGAUGGUGAUUGAGAGUGCCAUGCCCAUGUCAAAUCUAUGGCGGGGCCUUCCCGCACAAUUCGCCAUUUCAUGGAUCGCGCUAACUGUCAGCUUUAACAUUAUUGUGACUGCAUUGAUCAUUUCCCGGCUGCUAUUCUUUUAUCGUAGAGUACGAUCUUUUCUUAACGAUGAACAGAGGAAUAUUUACACGGGCAUUGUGGCAAUUUUGGUGGAGUCUACCCUCCCUUUCACAGUUCUGGGAAUUGUCUCCCUUGCCACCUAUAUCCAGGGUGCCCCAUGUGCGAUGGGGAUAGAAAUAAUCUGGGCAACCUUCAUGGUUUUGUCACCCCAGCUCAUUAUUUUAAGGGUUGCUUCAGGCGUUGCAUGGUCAAAAGACACAGCAUGUAACAUCACUCAACAUGCAACUUUCCCUCGCAACUCAUCUUCUGGCAGCAGUACUAUUAGUAUGCACAGUAAGAAUCCGUAAUAGUAGGGCUUAGACAUAUGGUGCCAUGUCCCCGUCCAAAGAUUUAUCAUUCGAGUCACAUUUGUUUGCAAGAUAUCUUCCGCUUGUUCAACUUUGUCGUUUAAUAGUAUUACUCACACUUACUUAGUUUAGCGAAUUAAAAAAC